GCUAAGAAAACAGAGAAAUUUUAUUAGGUUUUUGGGUUUUGUUGGAUAUUAAAGGUGUUUUAUUUGUUUGAUGGUCAAUUUUGUUUGCAUCGAAAAUGGGUCAAAAGUCGAAAGAAAAGAAAGACGGAGAAGAAGAAGUACCAGCAACACCUAGUGGGGAGUUUGUGUUUCCGAACAAAGAUCGUUAUAAAGGAGAAUUUCAGGUUAAUGAGGAAGGAACCAUUGUACGACACGGGGUGGGAACCCACACCACGGUCGGUGGCAUCGUGUUCUCUGGCACUUGGAGCCACGACAAGCUGAAUGGCAACGGUCGCGUGGAGUUUCCAAGUGGUGCGAAAUACGAAGGGGAAAUGAGAGACAGCAAGUAUGAUGGGAUGGGGGCUUAUACAUGGCCUAAUGGUUGUGUGUAUAAGGGUGAGUUCGUGGAAAGCAAGUUGCAGGGAAACGGGGUUUUCAACGACCACCACGGACAACCUUGGGUUGGAGAGUUCCGAUAUAAAGCAGCUCCUGGGUUGAAAUUUCAAUUAAAUAUGUGAAUGUUUGUUGCUGUAAUGUUUUUUAUGUGCAGUCGUUUAAAUUGUCUUAUUCGAUUGAAAGUAAUCACUCAGUUGUGCUCUGGUGUUUAUUUAAAAUAACAUCUAUUGGUUAAUUGUGUUUGUAUUCAUUCAUUUAUGUUAUAUCAAUUUUUUUCGAUAUGUUGCAAAAUGCUUUUGAAAUUCCAUUGUUAAAAUACUUUCCCUUCUUCUUCCCCACAACUUUGUUCAUAUAAGAUUUCUAUGCCUUACUUGUUACUUUUUGUAGA